AAUUUAUUGCUAGCCAUGAAAUCACUGAUCACUACUCCUAUCUUCUACACAAAUGGGACUCCUCAUAUCGGACAUCUGUACACACUCAUCUUGGCAGAUGCAGUAAGAGCUUGGAAGAGGAUCUGCGGACAUCAGACUAGGUUAAUGACAGGGACAGAUGAGCAUGGAAUUAAGAUUCAAAAGAAAGCGAAAGCUCUUGGAAUUACUCCUCUACAGCUUUGUGAUAAGAAUUCUCAGUUAUUUAGAAAACUUACUGCUGAAGCUGGAAUCAAAGCAGAUGAUUUUAUUAGAACAACUGAAGAGAGACAUCACAAUACAGUAAAACAAAUUUGGACAGAGCUUCACAAGAGAAACUACCUUGAGGUUGGAAACCAUGAAGGAUACUACUCAGUCAACGACGAGUGAUUCUAUGUAGAAAAAGACUUAACGGCCAAAGAGAAUGAAGAUACUAACCAGAUCGAGUACUUCACAGAGCUUGGUGAGAAGGUAAACUGGAUCACUGAACAAAACUAUCUGUUUAAAUUUGAUGAUAACAUUAAGAAAAAUGUCCAUGAUUGGAUCAACUCAGAUACCAAUCCAAUCAGUCCAGAGUACAUGAAGAACUUGAUGCUCAAAAGUCUCACCGAGUCUAAAAGCCAUCUUUCAGUAAGUAGGCCUAAAAGCAGAGUUAAAUGGGGAAUUGAUAUUCCUAAAAUCCCUGGAGAUAUCAUCAAAUCAGACCAGACUGUUUAUGUCUGGCUAGAUGCUCUUUUCAACUACAAAACAGUCAAUGAUGGAUUCGGGGAUUUCAAUGGAGAACUAGUACAUAUAAUCGGUAAAGAUAUUGCUAAGUUCCAUUGUAUCUACUGGCCAGCUUUCCUCUCAGCAGCAGAACUUGAUCUUCCUAAGAAAGUGAUUGUUCAUGGACAUUGGACAAAAGACAACCUCAAGAUGUCGAAAAGUAUUGGAAAUGUGGUAGAUCCUUUUGACAUAAUCAAAGAAAAUGGGAUAAACGCAGUGAGGUCCUAUUUACUCUCUUAUGGUCCUCAAUCAUCAGACUCAAAUUUUGAAGUUGAAAAGCUUGUCAAUUUCCAUGACAGUGUAAUUAUAGACGGGUUUAUAAACAUGUUCUUCCGGCUCACUGGUAAAAAGGUGUUAGAUAAGCUUCAUAUUCAGCUUGCAGAUAUUGAAUUCACCCCUGAAGAUAGAGAACUUAUUGAGAAUGCUAAAAAUUACACACAAGAGUGAAUUAGAGAGCUUAAUGAUCUUAACUUUAGCAUGAACUCUAUCCAAGGAAAUGCCUUAAAAUCUUUAAUUGACCUAGGUAAUUGGUAUCUGAACCAUAAUGAAUUCUGGAGAGUCAAAUGUGAGAAGAGAUUGUCCACAAUCAGGUAUGUGAUUUUCGAGCUUACUAGGAUAAUUUCGACCAUCCUGUAUCCAUACUGCCCUGAGAUCUCCACUAAUAUCCUUGAAUGUUUGAAUGUUCCUACAUCAGAGAUGACGAUUAAGUCGUUAGAGGAACCUUUUACCAGAGAGAGGUUUGAUAUCAACAAGGAAAAACGUCUCAAGCUGUUCUUCAAGAAGAUCAACCCAAAAGUGAAAUAAGGCUAAUUUCAAUAGAGCUUUUUGUAAA